AUGAUUAGACCGGCCUUGAGCCCGGUGUAUUCUCUGCACAAAGUGCCCACAGCUAAGAAGACAGACAAUACGCUGCUCUACGAGUACGAGGUGCGGUACAUACCAGCUGAGGUAGUUCGGGCAGAGUCCCACUGUCUUCGAUUGGCAGACGACAUCUAUGAUGACUACUUUUAUAAGCCUGCAAUGGCGAAGAAGAAGGCCUGGCAGCAGAAGAAUCGUCGAUCGGAUGAAGUUAUUUUAAAGACUGAGCAGCAGAGAUUGUCGCUUGCGAAAAACAUUUGUCCUCCACCAGAGGCCUUUCACAAGGCACUGGAGUGCCAGCCAUUGAAUGACAAAGGAACAUCGGACAACACAGUAUUUUUCCCCGGAACAAUAGCAUAUGCACUUGACUCUAAAGAAAUCCAGCAGCGAAUUACAACCAAAUUAGCAGCCAGCGAGGAUCGUACCUCAAUGGGUGAGCUUACGUUUCAAUACAUUAACCCGUCCAACAGAACUAAGCAUCAGCAGGAGACUCUCGAAGAAAUCUAUUAUCAACGGGCGCGGUCCUCAUCCCUAAGCACCCUUGGCGAAGUAAGGAGGGUGAUUGCUCACACUAAAAAGAAAAGGCCAGACCCAUCGGAUGCAGUAACGGGACGGGCGGUAACGAACCCAAAGCGGUCAGAAAGCAUUCUUGGACAGCGAGGCUUCAAAGAAAAGUUAAGACAAAAGUCAAAACAAAAGCCAGACUAUAAACAGAGCUCAGAACUGAUACCAAAUCCACUGGCACUCAGUGACUCCCUUGCAAUCUCCAAGUGCUUAUGUGUUAAGCCUGGAAGAGUGGACCCGAAAUUGUCUCACUCCAACCAGAUAAAGACGCAAGAACCCCUGGUUCCAGUAGAAAGAAUCAUUCUUCCCCAGUGCAAGACCUUUGGGACAAGUGCGCUGAUCUUAUCUCGAAGCCAGAGCACUGGCACGAAGAGUCUUUUGGACACCACGCUGACUGGUAUUCCUCUCUCCACUGAGGAGGCCUCUGCAUACACACCACUCUACAUUGGAAGUUCACACAGUAGGUCAUCAGGGAUUGGCAGCGCGAAUAACAUCGUAAAGAAUAUGUUCGAACCUAUUCGUAGUAGUACAUUGGCCUUGCACAAUUCUAAGCUUUCGCGAGACUCAAUAUGUUCAGCAAUUGCUGCUCCACAGACACUAGAUCCUCGUCCCAGCCUUACAACAAACAAUUUGAGCAGAGAAUAUCCUGAUCUUAAAGACAAGCUCGUCGAGAAUGUACUCAAUACCCUCCGAUCAUCCAUUUUGACAAUCAACGAUCUAGAUCCAGAUAUGACGCUGCGAGAGAGUAAUUUGCACGGACUGAAGCCUUCUGUGAUAGAACAACUACUAGACUCCAAGACCUCCUGCAAGGAUAAUAGUCCGAAGACUGUCCCCAAGCUUGCCAUUGAUACUGCCACACAUGGCACAGUAAAGCGAGCAAGACGAGUGCUUAAGCUCCACUCCACACCUACACUUUGUGAUUCUGGGCAAAAGCCUGGUGCCAAAGAGAGAGGGGCGAACACAUGUUUGCAAGAGGAGCCGUGUUUGGAUCCUAUUUCAGAGGCGAAACAGCGAGUCCAAACCAGUGAUAAAAAACAUCGGCCUGCGGACUCUCUCCUCGAAGACACUAGGAACGACCUUUUCAUCACCCAGGGCUAUAGCCUUUAUGGAGACGGAUCUGAUGAGGCGAUAUAUAUCGAGUUAGGAAUGUCUACUCCUCCAAAUCUUUCAGAGCAUUAG